GAACAGAGCGUUAGUCGUAAGCCACCUCUCUCUGCCUCUGCCUGCCUGUAUUUCUUCUUUAUACAUAAUAACAUAUUCUCGAUUUAAUCCGCUCUGAAUUUGGAUCUCAGGUUUCAGACAAACAGGUGUUCUGAUUUCAUUUCUCUUUUUGUUAACCUGAUUUUUAUCUUCAUCUUGUGAUCUCAAUCAAUCUAGUGGUUUGAGACCUCAGCUAGCUAGCUGAUGACAGCUAAUUUUGUUGGUGGUCAUUGUCUUUCUUUUUACAGCACAGGCAGGAUUAUUAUUAUUAUUAUUAUUGUUGCCGUAGCAAGGAUUGAUUGGUGGAUGGACUUCUUUCCAUAUGUAUUUUUCCCUUUUCUUUUUCACCUCUCACAUGUAAUAGGGAUCAUUCAUUAGUUUCAUCAUCAUCAUCAUCAUCAGAGAUGCUUUCUUUCUUGUAUGAUCAACAAUGUAAUAUCUAUGUGUUAUGAUACCUGGUGAUAUUUGCUUCUACAGUCAGUCACUGUUGCUCUUUCUGUUCUGUUGAUACACGUCAGUCAGUCAGUCAGUCAGUCAAUCUUUGAUCUACUACGUGAGUCAGUCAGUCAGUCGAUUUGUAUGAUACAUGACCUCUUCUUAUCAUAUAUUUUGUAGACCUAAAUUGGAUAAGUUCCUUCUUCAAUCAAGAAUAGAAUGGAGAGCUUAGCCCAGCUAGAAGCUUUGUGUGAACGACUCUACAACUCUCAGGACUCCGUUGAACGCGCUCACGCUGAAAACACUUUAAAAUGUUUUUCUGCCAAUACCGAUUACAUUUCACAGUGUCAAUACAUAUUGGACAAUGCUUCUACUCCUUAUGCAUUGAUGCUCGCUAGUUCAAGUCUCCUGAAGCAAGUCACUGAGCAUACACUAUCCUUGCAACUCCGUCUUGAUAUACGGAACUACAUUAUAUCCUAUUUGGCGAAAAGGGGACAUGAACUACAACAAUAUGUGAUUGGAUCUUUAGUCCAGCUUUUGUGCCGGGUCACCAAGUUUGGUUGGUUUGAUGAUGAUAGGUUCAGAGAUGUAGUCAAAGAGUCCACAAAUUUUUUGAUCCAGGCAUCACCGGAGCAUUGUUCUAUUGGCUUAAAGAUACUAAAUCAGCUUGUUAGUGAGAUGAAUCAGCUAAACCCGGGAUUGCCUUCUACACAUCAUCGGAGAGUUGCAUGCAAUUUUAGAGACCAAUCUCUUUUUCAGAUUUUCCAAAUAUCUCUUACUUCCCUGCAACAGCUGAAAAGUGAUGUUGGGAGCCGUUUGCAAGAGUUGGCACUUUCUCUGGCAUUAAAAUGUCUUUCUUUUGACUUUGUUGGAACAUCAAUUGAUGAAAGCUCAGAUGAAUUUGGGACUGUUCAGAUCCCAUCUGGGUGGAAGCCUGUUUUAGAAGAUCCUUCGACACUACAAAUAUUUUUUGAUUACUAUGCAAUCACGAAGCCUCCUUUAUCAAAAGAAGCCCUGGAGUGCUUAGUGAGAUUGGCUUCAGUAAGGCGAUCUUUGUUCUCAAAUGAUGUCAAUCGUUCCAAGUUUUUGGCCCAUUUAAUGACUGGAACCAAAGAGAUCUUACAAGCAGGCCAAGGUCUUGCUGAUCAUGAUAAUUACCACGAAUAUUGUCGUCUUCUUGGACGGUUUAGAGUAAACUAUCAGCUAUCAGAACUUGUUAAUGUGGAAGGAUACAGUGAUUGGAUACGUUUGGUUGCUGAGUUUACUUUAAAGUCAUUGCAGUCUUGGCAGUGGGCUAGUAGCAGUGUGUACUAUCUUUUGGGGCUUUGGUCUCGGUUGGUAACAUCUGUGCCCUACUUGAAAGCUGAUGCACCUAGCUUGCUUGAUGAGUUUGUGCCCAAGAUUAGUGAAGGUUUUAUUACAUCAAGAUUUGAUUCUGUGCAGGCUCCUCCCCAAGACGACCUUUCAGAGAAUCCUCUUGACAAUGUUGACCUUCUUCAAGACCAGCUAGAUUGUUUUCCAUAUCUUUGCAGAUUUCAGUAUGAAAGAAGUAGCUUGUUUAUUAUAAACAUUUUGGAGCCCAUCCUACAACUCUAUACGGAAAAGGCACAACAUCAGAUUAGUGAUAAGAAUGAAUUAUCUGUCAUUGAAGCCAAAUUAGCCUGGAUUGUCCAUAUAGUUGCUGCUAUAUUGAAGAUCAAACAAUGUAGCGGUUGCAGCACGGAUUCUCAAGAAGCCAUUGAUGCAGAGCUAUCAGCUCGUGUUUUGCGUAUCAUAAGUGCCACUGAUAGUGGACUGCAUAGUCAGAGAUAUGGUGAACUAAGCAAGCAGAGACUUGAUCAGGCCAUUUUGACAUUCUUCCAAAACUUUAGAAAGUCUUAUGUUGGUGAUCAAGCCAUGCAUUCUUCUAAGCAGCUUUAUGGGCGACUAUCUGAGCUGCUUGGACUGCAGGAUCAUCUUCAGGCAUUAAAUGUGAUAGUUGGAAAAAUUGCAACAAACCUCAAGUGUUACACUGAGAGUGAGGAAGUUAUUGAUCACACAUUAAGUCUGUUUUUGGAACUUGCAUCUGGGUAUAUGACAGGAAAGCUACUGAUGAAGUUGGACACUGUCAAAUUCAUUGUUGCAAAUCAUACAAGGGAACACUUUCCUUUCCUACAUGAAUACAGAUGCUCUCGCAGUAGAACAACAUUUUAUUACACCAUUGGGUGGUUGAUUUUCAUGGAGGAUAGCCCUGUUAAAUUCAAGUCUUCUAUGGAUCCACUACUACAGGUUUUUAUCAGUUUGGAGUCGAUUCCUGAUGCUAUGUUCCGUACUGAUGCGGUAAAAUAUGCAUUAGUUGGCUUGAUGAGGGAUCUAAGAGGAAUUGCAAUGGCCACUAAUAGCCGAAGAACCUAUGGACUUCUAUUUGACUGGUUAUAUCCCUCUCACAUGCCAAUCCUCUUAAAAGGCAUAUCACAUUGGGCAGACACACCUGAGGUUACAACCCCAUUGCUGAAGUUUAUGGCUGAAUUUGUUUUGAACAAGGCUCAACGUUUAACUUUUGAUUCAUCAUCUCCAAACGGGAUACUUCUAUUCCGCGAAGUCAGCAAACUACUUGUGGCAUAUGGAUCAAGGAUCUUAUCUAUGCCUAAUGUUGCUGAUAUCUAUGCCUUCAAAUACAAGGGAAUAUGGAUUGCAUUGACUGUUCUUUCAAGGGCCCUUGCUGGAAACUAUGUAAACUUUGGGGUGUUUGAACUGUAUGGGGAUAGAGCUCUUGCAGACGCACUUGACAUUGCUCUGAAGAUGACACUUUCGGUUCCUUUGGCAGAUAUUUUGGCUUACAGGAAGCUCACCAAGGCAUAUUAUGCAUUUUUGGAGGUGUUAUUCAACAGCCACAUUGUUUACAUGUUGAACCUGGAUAUGAACACCUUCAUGCAUAUUGUUGGCUCCCUAGAAUCUGGAUUAAAGGGACUUGAUACAAGCAUCUCAACUCAGGCUGCAUCAGCAGUUGAUAAUUUGGCUGCUUUUUAUUUCAACAACAUCACCAUCGCGGAGGCGCCAACUUCGCCUGCUGCUGUCAAUCUUGCUCACCAUAUCGCAGAGUGUCCAACAUUGUUCCCAGAAAUACUGAAGACCUUGUUUGAGAUUGUUUUGUUUGAGGAUUGUGGGAAUCAGUGGAGCCUUAGCAGACCAAUGCUGAGUUUGAUACUAAUCAAUGAGCAGAUAUUUUCGGAUCUGAAAGCUCAUAUUUUAGGGUCACAGCCAGCAGAUCAGCAUCAGCGGCUUUCCUUAUGCUUUGACAAACUAAUGGGUGAUGUCUCCAGAAGCUUGGAUUCGAAGAACCGAGACAAGUUCACUCAGAAUCUGACAAUAUUCAGACAUGAUUUCCGUGUGAAGUAAGCAGCGUAGCCCCCCUAGGAUUGUUGUUUGUACAGCUCCUCCUCCUCCUCCUCCUCCUCCUAUGGGAGAAUAGUGUUUGAUUGUCUCAUCUUAACUCAUCUCUUAUGGUUAAGAUUACAACGUUACUUAAUGAAGAAUAGCUGUGCUCGUCUUAUAACAUUAAACCAUUUCCCAUGUAGCAAGAUAUCUAUUCCAUCGAUCAAGGGCAUCGACUGGAUUUGGUUUGGGAUAUGAUUCAUUCUACUGCAUAUUGUAAAGCAUUUUUGCACAUGUUUGUUUUGAUGACCGGCAUCAGACGAACAUGUUUUUAAUUCUUGGGUGAUUAUUAUUCAAACAUCUGUGGUUGUAUGAUUCUUCGGCUGCUUCAUUAAUCACCAUCAUGAUAUCCUCCUAUAGAGGUGGUAGAACUUGUUAUGUCAUUAUUGAUCAUCUAUAUUAGUAAAAGUUGUUCAUGAA